UCACAGGGGGCGGAGCCUUGCUGUCAAGAGGCAGACUGGCUUUUUCUGAGUUUGUCAGCUUCCCCCCUCCUCCCGCUCAACGCCCCCGAAAAUAGCAGCCCAGCGUGUUCAAUGUGAACCGAAAUUACGGUCUAUCCAGCGGAGCUGCCGAUACAGAGCGUCUCCAACAACGUCCCGGGACGAAAAAGAUUGUGCUGGGUGACUGCUGAAGAGCAUAUGGUGCGUGGAGACCAGUGAAAGUGCGCAUAUCAGAAGAAGGACUUGCACAAUGUGCUAGGAGAACGGUGGACGCAAAGUGUGUGUGUGUGUGCGUGUGUGUGUGUGCGCGCGUGUGUGCGCGCGUGUUUUCAUUUGUCCGAUAUCGUCAGUGAAGUGAAGUGAAGUGAAGAGACGGGAAAAAGGACAAGGAGGAGACAUGGGGCGGAAGAAGAUACAGAUCACCAGGAUAAUGGAUGAAAGGAACAGACAGGUUACUUUCACAAAGAGGAAGUUCGGCCUGAUGAAGAAGGCCUAUGAGCUGAGCGUGCUGUGUGACUGCGAGAUCGCACUCAUUAUUUUCAACAGCUCCAACAAGUUGUUCCAGUAUGCCAGCACGGACAUGGACAAAGUGCUGCUCAAGUACACAGAGUACAACGAACCCCACGAGAGCAGAACCAACUCCGACAUUGUGGAGAAAUUAAGAAACAAAGGCCAUAAUGACUGUGCUAGCCCCGAUCCCGAAGACUGUUUCGGGCACAGCCCCCUCACCGAUGACCAUUUCGGCAAACUAAGCGAAGAGAGCGAUUUAAUGUACAAGCGCUGCGGUGCGCUAAACAAGAAAGAACACAGAGGUUGCGAUAGCCCGGACCCCGAUGCCUCGUAUGUCCUCACUCCUCAUACUGAAGAAAAGUAUAAAAAAAUUAAUGAGGAGUUUGAUAAUAUGAUGAGAAAUCAUAAAAUCCCCACAGUGUUGCCUCAGCAGAACUUCUCCAUGCAUGUGGCCGUACCCGUGUCCAACCCCAACGUCAUGUACCAGCCCGGAAGCGUGACUCUGAGCACCCAGAGCUUAGCGGCGGCCGCAGCCUCCCUCGGUGACAACGGGAUGCUGUCCCCUCAGCAGGCCUCCUUGCAUAGGAAUGUGGGCUCCAGCGGAGGCCCCCAGAGGCCCACCAGCGCAGGCAACGGCUUCACCAACCCCAGGGGAUCCCCGGGCCUCCUCAGUGCACCCAGUGGCAACGGCCUGGGUAAAGUCAUGCCCACCAAGUCUCCGCCGCCCCCCGGAGGGAGCAUGGGAAUGGGAGGCCGCAAGCCAGACCUGAGGGUUGUCAUCCCUCCAUCUAGCAAAGGGAUGAUGCCCCCACUUAACACCCAAAGGAUAAGCAGCUCCCAGUCCACCCAGCCACUGGCCACUCCAGUGGUAUCUGUCACCACACCCAGCUUACCUCCACAAGGACUGGUGUACUCUGGCAUGCCCACCUCCUACAACCCUGCUGAGUAUUCCCUGAGUAGUGCAGAUCUCUCCUCCCUGCAGGGCUUCAGCUCUCCCGGGCUGUCGCUGGGCUCCAUGUCAGCAUGGCAACAGCAUCAACUGGGCCAAGCAGCGCUUAAUUCUUUGGUCAGCGGCGGAGGGCACCUACCUCAGGGCUCCAACCUCUCCAUCAGCACGAACCAGAGCAUCAACAUUAAGUCGGAGCCCAUCUCACCACCGCGAGAGCGCGUCACCUCCUCCGGCUUCCCGCCCCAGCACCAGCAGCACGGUCCCGGCCGGCAACAGGAGGGCCUGGGACGCUCGCCCGCCGACAGCCUCAGCUCCUCCUGCAGCUCCUACGACGGCAGCGACCGCGAGGACCAUCGGGCGGACUUCCACUCGCCCCUCAGCCUGGGCAGAGCCCCUCCGGCCGGCGACAGGGAAAGUCCCUCUGUCAAGCGCCUGCGCAUGGAUGCGUGGGUGACAUAGAGCGGCGGUGGGUGUGGAGCAGGCAAGAGCAAAGGGUCCUUCUAGCUAAUGAUAUCUUUAUUCAACAACCCCCCGGUUUAGUUUGUAAAUGAAGCGCAGGUACUGACUGUCAGACAGGAACAGUGAGGCGUUCAGAGACAAACAUGUUACACUAGAUUGUUUGAAGUCAUCUGACAAUUAUAUUAUGUCGUUGCUGUUUUGCUGUAUUGCUCACAAACAGAGAGCACGCUGAGGGCCACCGUUUUUCGAAUCAUGCUGUAAACACUCACUCUCCUAUACACAAAGAUAUGUCAAGAGGCCUCUAAUUUAUUGACGUGGAGUGGAGGGAGAAUUUCAAAUGAAGGAAUCCAUUGCAAAAAUGGUGUCGUGUUCAUGUUGCUGUUAAAGGGGACAUAUUAUGGGAAAUUGACUUUUGAAUUGCUUGAACAGUAGUCCCCACACUAUUCGCAGAGGAUAGGACACAAGCCCUGAACAAACGUGAAUAAUGGACACUCCUCCCAAAAUGUUUUCAUUAAUCGACACUAUUUAUAGUUUAAAAUAUAAAUAUACCACAAAUUAUGAUCCAAAACCAAGCAGAUCUUUCAACAUUGCCCUUAAAAAGAAAGGGCUUACAAAUGAUUUAUUUGAUUUUGAAAUAAUGCAAAAAGAAGUGUACUUGCAUGUGUGGCAAUUACUCUCCGUAACUUGUGUGAACAACCCAGGCUAAACCAAGCUCCCUCAGUCAAGAUAUACAAUACUUAUUUGGCACCAAUUCUUAUUUAAACACUGGGCUUCUUUGGAAAGUCAGAUCUCCUAACCUGUAUACCACCUCUCCUUUACCUUUGUGGAAAAGGUCAUCGGGUCAUGGCGAGACGUAAAGAUGCUUCUUUUUGAACAUAGGAAAGAACAGCACUGUUUAAAAUGAAUUUGACUGCUCUUUUCUUAACCAAUGUCGUGUGAUGGAAAGUAUUGCUGAUGUAAGUCUCUAGCGUGAAACUAGUAUUUUCCAAAGAUGGACUGCAAAUAGCGCUCCUUCGAUCCAUGCAUGCUUAUUAUAUUUUUUUUUCAAUCAGGUUGUCGCCAGUAGUGAGAAUCAAGAGGCUAAAGUUAUGUUCAUGUGGAAAUUCACUGCCCCCAAUAGUCUUUCUUAAAUGUGAAAUUGGCAUUUAUUUUCUAGUGGCCUGAAUCUUGGACUACGAAAUGUCUAAUGUUAACAUUGUUAGGAAUUGUUUAGUAGCAUAAGGGUAACUUACUUGCAAUUUAAUGCGUCUUCUCCAUAGGUCUUUUCUUUUGCUUCUGUACAUUUGAGCAUCUUCACGUAGAAUCGGUAAACUUCAUUGGUGCCCUUUGGCUUAAAUAUGGCUGCCAUGAAGGAUUAUGGGUAACACCAUUUUCAUAAGUGGUUGAUCAGGAUUAAUCUAUGAUGGUUAAAGGUUGCAUCGAGGCACCAAAAGAACAGAAAGUUCCUAAGUAAAAAAAACAGAAUUUGAAGAGGCCUGCAGCUUUGGCGGCAUCUUGUGGCAUUUCACAAAGAGCACAAAAAAUUUCAGUAAAUAGCUGGGGAGUGAUUUCACAGGAAAAAACAAAACAAAACACAAAUAGGUGAAUUUGCCAAUAGUGAACCACGAAUAGGCUGGGGAUUACUAUAUACAAAUCGUGUAAAAUGACAAAACCAAGUAAAUGUUUAGUGAGCUGCCAAAUUGUGUCUGCAAGCAAGCCAUUCUGAUUUUGCCGAAUUGUGACAUCCCAAGCAGGAUAAUUUACAUAACACAGCCCGAGUUUCUCACCCAAGACUUGGCAGCCAAAAUGGGUGAAUCGCCGCCAUUUUCAAGCGACAGUCAGACCACACAGAAACUAUCAUGUCAAAGCCAAAAGCUAAGCAGAGCUGCAAUGUUCUUCAAUGCACAAAUUGUCCACUGUAGCUUCUGAUAAGCAGCAAAUAGUUGCAUGUUCAGUGAAGUUGUCGCCUUGUAACCCAAGUGUAAUCUAGCAGUCUUUAUGGUGAGGGUUUUUACAGACUCUGGGCUCAACAAGUAGCCACUCCCUAAAGCGGUUCUCUUUUUGGCACACCCCGCAGUAGAGGGGACGGGAUGAGCAGUGGGUCAUUUGCACUAGACUGGACCGCUCCCUUGAAUCAGGCUGAAAAGAGGGUCUCAAGUGUGGUGUAAUUCUUCAUUCUUGGGGUGAAGAGAAAUGCGUACUAUGUCUCCUUUAAAGUUAAACGAGUAUGAAAUAGGGAAGUACUGUAAGUGUGCAAUGAAGUUCAACCUGCCCAAUCUUCAUCAGUAAUAGAAGCCAUCAGUAAUACUCUUCUUUUGCAAACACCCGGAUUUGUUUACCGCGUCAUCUCCAACUUAAAGCCAUUCUUUUCUAUUCACAAUUGUUGAGCCAAAACCUUUGGUUUCGUUUUGUAAAUAGCCACUUGAAUAGAGUCUUUCGCGGGAGUGUGCACUACUAUCUAGGAGAAAAAAAGCUAUAUAUUUUUGUGGAUGAGCACCAAAUUGAAUGCAGUGUACUACACUUUAAAAGGAGAACACUUGCUGGUCCGUAUUUGAAUUUGGAUCUUUUAGUAGCCAAUGAGCUUUUACUUUGUCAUAAAUACACUGCUGUCAUGUCAUCCACACAUCGACUUUUCAUCUAACGCAGUGUUUCUCUUAUUGGCCUAAGUCGCAUAUUUUACUUUAGGAAAAUCAGACAGACCACCAAACCAAUAUGUCCCAAAAGUAUAUACACCGAAAUAAGGAUGCGUUUGUCUCAAUUUACUCACAGAUUUACUAACUCUGCGCCUGUCAGGUUGAACGCAAAGCUAUUUUUCUCUUGUAUGAUUGGCAACAGGUGGAUAUACAGUUUAAUUGUACCUUCUGCCAGCAUUUAAUUGUUCUGCCUGUCACUGUAUGUUGCUGGCAUAGAUAGAUAAAGAUACAUUAUUUGUAGUAAAUAAAUCAUUAUGUCACAGUAGUUGGGAAUCACGGAUCUAAUGUAAUUACAAAUGGAUCACGUGCCAAAGCCUUGACUCGUUUCCCCUCUCUAUCAGCACACAAAUGACCGGCGUCAACAUGCUGGACAAACAAUCCACUUUCAGGAAGCGUCGCUCUGCACUGGCCGUGCGCUUCAAUCUUCGCAGCAUUAGUCCUCAGUACACAGCCCCAUGGUGAUCUAUGCAGUUUUGAAGCCCACAGAAAUCACACACAUGAUCCACAUACAGCCUCGUAAGUGCCACCGCUGCAUGAAUUGAUUUAGAAAACAAAUACACAUACACCCGAUUACUGGUACAGUGGAAAGUCUAACACAAUCUAAAUUUCCACAUCGGAAAUCAUGGAAAGUCAAUUAAUUUGACUCAAUAAGCCAUUUUUACCUGUCCAGGCAAUGUUUGAAACAACAUUUUAACAUCCUGUAACAGUCAAACAAGUGCAAAGAGACAUUAAACAACUGUAUAAUACAACAAAACUACUAGGUAGAAUUUAUUUGUGGAUGCAGUUGAUAUUUAACUCCACAGCUUGACACUUUUGUAUGUAUGAUGCAGUCCGUUAAAUUUCCGCUUUUAUGGUUUCUAUCACAAAUUUCCUCUUGUCGUCACUUCUACCAUUCUGUGAUGGCGUCACAAAAAAUGCCAAAGAAAGCAAAACACACUGGUGGAGAAUUUGCAGUGUGUCAAAAUCACCAUUCGUCAUAUUAUACAGUAUAUCAUAUUACAUAUUUCGGUCAUCACGGUCAUUGUACUCCAAAUUUUGCAGACCCUUUUACAUAAUUCGAUGAUUAGCUAUUCGUCCUGACACAUUGAUGCCUCACUAGUUUUCAAUUUGUUUUACUUUUGAACACAACAAGAACAUUUUGUUUAAAUUCCAAAUUGUUCCACUUUUUGAAGUGUGUUGGAUGUUCCAUUGUAUUCUUUAGAGCAAGGAUGUGGAACCUACUCCAUAUAUAUAUAUAUAUAUAUAUAUAUAUAUAUAGAAAUAUAGACGUGAGCCUUGCAAUUGUAAAAUCAAAAGCAGUGACAAAUUCAACUUUACCACGUUGCGCCCAUAUUAAAUUGCACAGACAGAAUAAGAUCAUCUGUUUAUCUUCUCCCAAAUGUCGAGGAUACCUGCUUCAAAUUGGGGCUUCUUUGUCGAAUUCCCUCGUUGGAGUUUGCUUAAAAUACCUGCUUCAAACCAAAAUGGCCAACUUCCUGUGCAAUUCGGGGCAUGGGUCCUUGAGACCUUUUUGUGCUACUUGCUACGAUAGACAAGUCCACCCAAUUUCAUGUAGAUCAGUGCAACUGGUGUCGGGGGCUAAUUUUCGACAACUUUCCAGGGGGCGCGACUGAGUGAGUUUUGGGGGGGGUUGUGUUAGGGACCCCUAAAAUACAUUUUCACCAGGAUGCGCACACUUGCCAAUAUACUAUAGGCGAGUUCUCAGCAUGUUGAAGCCCCUCAAAAGGCGAUUCAGCCGUUGGUAGAGACAGCAAUACCAAUUCCAACUGUCAUUAAAAAGCCCCAAAACCAAUUCAAUUCACAAAUGCUCAUAAUGUAUAAUAAUUACAUAUUUUUUCCAUACAUUAAACAUAGUCAAUGAUACCCCUUGGCUGCUUUAAACAGUAUACAGCAGGUGAAACUAGCAAUAAUAAAGCGACCCCCAACGUAGCAGCACACACAUUUUUUUUUAGCACUUGAUGCCAUUUUACUCUUAUCAGGGAAUUUUCUAGUAUCUAUAUGCACAUGUAGGAAAUGCCUUAUCCCAAAGAUAUACAACACCACUCAAUAAAAUCCACGCCUCACUUAUCAAGAAGAAGAAAAAGCACAAGGCCAAUACAUUGCGACGCACUCUUGCUCCUCUCUAAAUGAUGAAUGUGAAAAGGAAUCACACUUAUAUAUAUAUAUAUAUAUAUAUAGUGAAAAACACAAACGUGUGUGUUGUUUGCUCAGUGUUUGUAGUCCCAAUUAGUUGACUUAAUAAAUAAAAGAAGCGGUUUUUCUCGGUUUGACUGCUUGGACCGUUUUGGCGGCACAAGCUGGACUUUGUUGCCAAAAAUGUUAUUUGUUCUUUUCCAAAAAAAAAAAAAGAAAAAAAGAAAAAAAAGAGGAAUAAAUGUUAAGUUAAACAACAUUUUAUUUUAUUUUCAUCCUAUAAUAAAGAAAUAUCCAAGUGAACUUCGUAUUGAACAAUUCAAAUUCUAUGCUAUUAGAUAUUUGUUGUACAAAAUUUGUAUUUUUCAGAAAAGUACAAAUAUUGGCUUUUAAUGUGUUAUUUAGUUUUUAGCUUUCUCUUACUGUGUAUAUACAUGCAUAAAAAAUGACAAACGCUGACAUGGCAUUUGUUGUUGUGAAGUCGCACACACAGUAGCAAACUUGUUUUAACACAGUGUAUGUUCAGUCUGGACAUGAUGUCUAAUUCAUCUUUGACGUGCCCAUUAAAUGCAUUUAUUGGCCUGAA